CAUAUCCCUGCUUGCCUUCAACUUUUUCUUUUUUUUGAGAACAUUCUCUCCUUUUUAUAUUCAUCCUCUCCCCUCCAUUCCACAACCCAUUUUCAAUCUUUUGUCUCUCAAACAAAUAUGUCAACUAAAGAGAGCAGCAAAGGCAGUCAAAAAGACAAGGCAAAUGGCUCUGCCAUGGACAAGUACAACGAUACCAAGUUUUGUGGGUUCAUGCGAUGCAGACGACGUGAAUUCACGGCGGUAAGGUUUCUGAAGCACCUUGGUCGUAAAGUGGCAAAGGGUUUACAUUUGAUGUCAAUGAGAAUUAGGGCUUCUUCACAUCCUAAAGUAGCUGCCUCCUCUUCUACUUCCUCAUCAAGAAGAUCAAAGCCAUUUGUAACCCCUGUUGAUUCCCAUAGAAGUGCUGCCAUUGAAGACUGUAUCCAAUUCAUCAACUCUUCUGCUGCGUCUUUGCCUAGAUCAAAUUCGGUUUCUGCUACUUCUCGUUGAACUCCGGUUGUCGAUAAUCGUCUGUUCUAUAUCAUCCGGCACUCCGGUGAGUGUUUGAUAUAGAUAUGUGCCAAAAACGUACCCAUAGCCAUGUUCAAAUAUAUGUAGCAUAGGUGAUAUUUAGGGGUAAAGAUAGUUUGAUGAAAAUAUUAAGCAUCAUCCUAGUAGCUUAUGCGUAUAUUGCCUUGCGUUCUUUUUAGAUAAUGGAUUAGUUUUGGCUUUGAAAGUACGGUUUUAUUCCUACUUAAACACUCUGCGAUUUAACUCGCUUUCUUCUGAUUUGACAUAAUAUGAAUCACUCUAGUCCUAUAACAAUAA